AUGGGCAUCAUGAAGGAGACAGUUGGUGUGGGCGUCGGAGACAUUCUCUCCUGUUUCAAGCUCAUCGCAGAGCUACUAGAAGUUUGCUAUGGCAGCUGCACAGAAGCUCCAAAGGCUCUACGAGAUCUCGACAUUGUUUUGCGUGGUUUGAAAUCAGCUCUCACCAAUCUACAAGGCGUAUUGAAGGACGCCGUGAACGAGGGCCCUCGCAGUGAGGCCGACAAGACCCUCAGCUUCACGAUCAGCAGCUGCAUGAACACACUCAAAGAACUCGAGAAAGAUACCAGAGACUACCGACCCGCCGCUCAAUGGCCACCGUUCGAACCGGGUCCCCAUGCCUUCAGGAAAACCCUCAAGAAGAUGAUUAAAACAUCCUGGAACCGAUUUGUGUUCCAGCUGAGGAUAAAUGGUUCACUCAGCAGGCACGAGGGAAGACUCCGCUCCUACGUGAAUGUGAUCACGCUGGAGGUGGAAACACGUAAUCUAGCUGCCACGGACCGCCUCGAGAAGGGCCAAAAAACUCAGUCGUUGAGGAUGGAGGAGAUUCAGAACGGCAUCGCCCGCUUGGAAGAAGGUCAAGCCCCGGCAUUGAACAUGGCCGAGAUGCGAAACAGUCUCACGGCCUGCUUGAAAGAAAGCCAUGCAACCCAGACGUUGAACAUGGCCGAGAUGCGGAACGAUAUUGUCGACCGCUUGAGUGGAAGUCAUGACUUCCGGGAUUUGGGCAUGGACGAAAUGCAGACCAACACCACCGACAACCUCGAAGAAUGCUAUACGACUGAGAUGUCGAAAUUGGAUAUCCAGAGCACUAUCACGGACCUCAAGAUCAAGUCGCCCGUCUGUCGAGACAUCUUCCGUCGAGUCAUCAGCCUUGGGUACACCGUAGACGGUGUACAACAUCUACAAUGUGACAAUGUCUAUGAGGUGGCGUUCGGCGUUCUGGUAUUCUUUUCUGCUGUGUUUGCGACGUUUGGAGGGAGGAUCGUUGGUUAUGUUGGAUGA